ACACACACACACAGAGAAAGACAAACACACACACAUUAUCCAAAUUUAGACUAUUACUCACAAAGAGACAUUUAUAUAUUUUCGGACAUUGUGCGUAAAAAAAAAAAAAAAAAGUUCACGCAAAAUCUUUUGGAAAAUAAAAAGACCCCGAGUAAAGUAACAUUUAAUUAUGUAAUUUCACGUAUUGUUUUUAUAUGUUAGUUUCAGUGUAAUCAUACAGCCUCUUGCACGUCCUGCAAAACCAAUUUCAAGUCCGCGUCAUAGGUGUCGCUGUUGACCACGUCUGCCUCCGCAGAGUGAGCGCGUCCAGCCAGAAGAGGCUGCGUCUCAAGGCCAUUUUCAAAUCUCAUUGGUGGGUUUGUCAUGUGGUCCGCAGGCAUCCUGACUUACACAUUGUUUUUCCUAGACAUGUCAGCUUACAAAAAGACAACUCUCUCCUCUUAAGAACUAAAACUCUCAAAAAAUAGGGAUGUCUUUCCCCAGCAGCUCAUCUGCGGCCAACCCGUUCUUAGUGGACUCUUUGAUCGGCGCCUGCAGGACGGACAGCUUCUACUCCAACAGCAGCAUGUACAUGCCGUCCGGCUCGGAUAUGCACGGGACCUACGGAAUGCAAACCUGUGGACUCCUGCCGUCCUUUGGCAAAAGAGGGGAGGUCGGCCCCCAAAACACGGCCAUGAGCGUCCACUCGUACAUACCUCAGGUAGACACCUGGACUGAUCCUAACAGAACCUGCAGAACAGAGCAGAUAUCAGACUGCACCUUUCCACAGAGCAUCAAGGAAGAGACCAACUGCUGCAUGUACUCAGAUAAGAGAGUCCAAAAAGAGGGAUAUUCGAACAUCAUUGCCGAACCCUGCGCCGUGGACGGUCCGGAGAUCCCGGUUCCAGGCUACUUCAGACUGAGCCAAACCUACGCUAACGGGAAGCACCAGGAAAACUACUGCCAGGAGCCGCCGAGCCCGAACCCAACACUAGCGCAGCUCAGCCGGGUCACGCCGAAACCGCAGCACGCCUCCUCUUCCUCUGGCUUUGCAGAAGCGGAAAAGAGCGUCCGGGACCCAGAAACGAUCAUCAGCACACCGAUCCGAGGGGAAAGCCCGGACCCAAUAAAGUCCGGCUCGGAGGAGAAAACCGAAGCGUCCAGCCCCGAGCUGCUGCUGCAGAAGGAAGGGAAAGACUGCAUGAGUGACACGCUGACAAACAACUGGCUCACGGCGAAGAGCGGCAGGAAGAAGAGGUGCCCCUACACCAAGCACCAGACCUUGGAGUUGGAGAAGGAGUUCCUCUUCAACAUGUACCUGACCCGGGAGCGCCGCCUAGAGAUCAGCAGGAGCGUCAACCUGACCGACAGGCAGGUCAAGAUCUGGUUCCAAAACCGCAGGAUGAAACUGAAGAAAAUGAACAGAGAAAACCGCAUCCGAGAACUCACCUCAAAUCUCACCUUUUCCUGAGCCUCCAUGCGCCACUGGUUAUAGUUAUUUUUAUUUUUAUUUUUUUAUGCUUUUCGUGGCAUUGGACGUUUAUCUUAACUUUGAACAAAGCUGUGACUGUCUCUUGCGUUGCGUUGCGUGGCGUCGUGUGUUUGUGUUAUUUCAUCACAGGGUAACACUUUUUUGGUCUUAAAACAUUACAUGGCGAACAAGCACUCCUUCAUUUUUACCAAAAGACUGAUAUAAAGUGGGAAUGACAAAGCUGUGGAGUCACGGGAGCACAUCUUGUCGUGUUUUUGUGAAACAUUUGUUUUGCUCUUUUUAUGUGCAAGCCCCCCUUUUUGCUCGGUGCCAACACGUUUCCUUGUUGGAAAACAACGAUAAACUGUGGAUAUAUUGCAUGUUUUGGUGCAUGUGUAUCUUGCAAUAAAUAUGUGGUCAAA